AUGCCGAACAACACUUUCUCCUCCUCUCAAGACAGCGGCGUCACUGGCGCCGCCAAAUUCGUGACCUCGACGCUUGGGAACACGGUCGGAGGCGUCUCUCGCACCGUUGGCGGGGUCACAGGCGCCGCUACUCGAGGAAUCGGCGAUACCAUCACGGGUGCUACAGGAAGUGCCGGGAAACCGUUGGGCGAUGGACUGGGAAGUAUUGGAACGGGAGUCGAGGACGGAGCAAACAGGGUUGCGAGAGGGGUGGAGAAUGCUGGACAGUGGAAAAGCUAA